UUUACACUUCAGUAUGGCGGUAGCACGGCCGGUUCGUAUGACACUUCGGAAGUCUGAGAAAACCAAAUCCCCUAGGAAAGAACAUCUGAUUGCUCAACCUCAUAUGAAACAUCCAUUACAGAACAGGUGGACACUCUGGUUUUACAAAAAUGAUAAAAGUAAACCCUGGCAGGCAAAUCUUCGUCUUGUUACUAAAUUUGACACUGUGGAGGAUUUUUGGGCAUUAUACAAUCAUAUUCAACUUGCCAGUAGGCUGAUGUCGGGUUGUGACUACUCUCUAUUUAAGGAUGGCAUUGAACCCAUGUGGGAGGACAGCAGAAACAAAUGUGGUGGAAGAUGGUUAAUCACUUUGUCAAAGCAGCAAAGGAUGCAGGAGCUAGAUCAGUUCUGGCUUGAAACAUUGUUGUGCCUUAUUGGAGAAGCUUUUGAUGAAUAUAGCAAUGAAGUUUGUGGUGCUGUAAUUAAUGUUCGAGCAAAAGGAGAUAAAAUCGCAAUCUGGACCUGUGACGCUGAAAACCAAGAAGCAGUUCUGCAUAUAGGAAAAAUCUACAAGGAAAGACUUGGCCUUCCUGUUAAGGUUGUGAUUGGUUAUCAAGCACAUGCAGAUACAGCAACAAAGAGUGGAGUGGGAGUUAGAAACAAAUUCAUUGUGUGAAGACUUUGUUCUGAAUUGUAAAACUAUAAAGUUGUAUAAAUGAAUUUUGGGAACACUUAAAUCAGCAUCAGACUUGUGCAGAUUUUCCUAAAUUAAAUGUUCUUAAAACCAUGGUUGUUGCAAUCUCUUGCUUUAACAUUGGAUUCAAGUGUAUGGCUUUUACUUGUCAUUUGGACAAAACAUGAAUGAUAUAUUAAAGUUGUGGGAUUUUGAACUUUCUUUCGAGUAUAGUUGAUGUUAGACCAACAGACACAUUGUACUCUUGGAGAAAAUGAGUUGCCUGCAAAUAAUGUUUCCAGUCAUAGUUGUGUAAUUAUAUUUGAUUUACAGUUCCUGCUAUUCCUUUAAUACAAUGAGGGUAAUGGAAAAUGAUCUUCUUGUGUUUUAGUAUAACAUGCAUGCCUAUGACUUGUAUUAUUUGUUAUAAUUAAGAAUAAAUUACAACACAGUUUGAAGCAUUGACAAUGUAUAGUAUCUAAAUUUGGCUUUCAUUUCAAAGAUGUAAACACUUGUGUUGAAAUAAAGCAUUAUUUCUG